CAGUUGUGUGAGCGGGACCAAGCCGGUGACUGCAACACCUCCCGAAUCAAAUUUAAAAGUCGGAUUAAAUAUUGCCCACAUAGCUGUGGUGAUGGCAUCAGACGAUGUUGCACAGCUGGCUGACUCCUUGGCCAGGACUCAGGUGGGAGAGGGUGAACUGAGCUAUAAGGGGCAGGGCCUGAAACUGGACAACGCAGAGUCUGCGGCAGAGAUAGUGAAAGCAAUCCAGGAGUUUGAGGGUCUGCGGGCUCUCCGGAUGGAGGGGAACACGGUUGGAGUGGAGGCAGCUAAGGCCAUCGCUAAAGCGCUGGAGGAUAAGAAAGACUUUCAGUGCUGCAACUGGAGUGAUAUGUUCACCGGCCGUCUGCGCUCCGAGAUCCCUCCUGCACUGAUGUCCCUAGGUGCAGCUCUCAUAUCUGCUGGAGCUCAGCUCAAAGUGCUCGAUCUGAGUGAUAAUGCCUUUGGCCCUGACGGCGUCAAGGGCAUUGAGAAGCUGCUCAAGAGCCCCGCCUGUCACACGUUGCAGGAACUGCGGCUCAACAACUGCGGAAUGGGCAUCGGUGGUGGGAAGAUUCUGGCGGCAGCUCUGACUGAGUGCCACAGGAAGUCGAGUGAGCUUGGUGCCCCCCUGAGAUUGAAGGUGUUCGUUGCAGGCAGGAACAGGCUGGAGAACGACGGUGCCAUAGCUUUGGCUCAGGCCUUUCAGCUCAUGGGCAGCCUGGAGGAGGUGCACAUGCCCCAGAACGGCAUCAACCACCAGGGGGUGACAGCCCUGGCUGACGCCAUGCGCCACAACCCCCAGCUCCGCGUUCUUAACCUCAACGACAACACCUUCACCAAGAGAGGAGCAAUCGCCAUGGCGGAGGCUCUAAAGCAUCUGCGCAGUGUGCAGGUGAUAAAUUUCGGUGACUGUCUGGUUCGCGCUGAGGGAGCACUCGCUAUUGCCGAGGCUCUGAAAGACGGGCUUCCAAUUCUCAAGGAAUUAAAUCUGUCCUUUGGGGAGAUCACAGAGGAUGCUGCUCUGGCUGUGGCAGGAGCCAUAAAGCACAAAGACCAAUUUGAGAAACUUGACCUCAAUGGUAACUGCCUCGGUGAGGAAGGGUGUGAAAAGCUUAAGGAGCUCAUGGAGGAUGUGAAGCUGGGAGACAUGCUGGGAUCUCUGAGUGAUGAUGAAGGAGAGCCAGAGGAAGAUGAGGAUGAUGAAGGGGAUGAGGAAGAAGAAGAGGAGGAUGAAGAGGAAGAGGAAGAUGUCGAUGAAGAGGAGGAGGAAGAGGAGGAGGAGGAGGAGGAGAAUGAGGAGGAAGGAGAAGAUGAGCUGAGUAAAGGCAGCCAGAUGUUUACUCCGCCCACAGCCCCUCGCCCUCCAGACGUCGCGUCCUUCCUGUGUUUCCCAUCUCCGGACAAACUGCUCCGCCUUGGUAACAACAGGGCUGAACUCAUACAACAGCAGGUGGACGUGUCGGACGUUGGGAAGACCGUAGAAGCUUUCCUCAAGAUCUCGUCCGUGUUCAAGGAGGAUGACCUCGAGGUCAAAGCGGCAGUGCUGGACAGCGUCGACGCUCUUCUGAGUAAAACUUUCACCACAGCCUCCGCUCAAACCUUCAGCUUUAUCUCCUCAUUGCUGGUGAUGCUCGGCCUUUUAAAGAGUGAGGAUAAGGUGAAGCCAGUGCCAGUAGUCGCGGGGCACCUGCUGUGUCUGGAGCAUGCAGCCAAGCAGACGUAUUUCCCCCGAGAGCACAUCACCGUACUGCACGCCUUCAUGACCAGACGAAGCAAGGCCUUGGAGUCGUGCGUCAGUGCUCGAGACAUCCUACGAUCCACACUGCAGAGACUCCAGCCAGAGAGCUGAAAGAAAACACACACACACAAACACACACACACACGGCUGACAAAGACUUUGCUUCUCACCUCCUUCUUUCUUGCCAUGCACUUCUGUGGGAGCCCAGCUGUGAGCUGGAGGACUUUGGGAAAAGGAGUAAAAUUAAAUCUUCAUGUGAAGAACCGCAGCUGAUGUUCCCCUCCUGGACGAUGGACACUCGUAUACAUUUGGUUAGCAAUCGCUGGACGAAACACUGAAAAAGACGUCUGACUGGCUCUGCCAUCCUUCAUUUUAUCAGUAAUCUGCCUAAGAAUAUUAAUAAAAAUGAUGUCAGUAAAUGAAAAAUAAUGUGGCUUUGGGUCCCACUGGCAGCCAGAGCUAAAAAGCAGUCUGCUGUAUUCAGGAGCCGAAUUGUGCGAGUCAUAAGCUCCUGCGAUGUUGGUAGGGUAGUGCAUUCUGUGCAUCUGGGUCCUUAUCUGUAACGAGCACAUUUAUAGCUGAGCGGGGAGUAAAGGGAUUAGCUGAAA